AACAAGCUCAGAUAAAACAUCAACCGAUAAUAUGACGGGUGAGGGAACACCGUCUGAUGGGUUAGCAUCUGAUGAAAAACCAGAGAAGGAUGGUGCGGUUGUGGUACAGGACUAUACAAAGUUGUUGGAGGAAGUGAGGUUGCGGCCAUCGCUUGAGGCGUACAACGAAGCCAUCGCAGCGUAUGGGAGGCGGCCGGGGAAGUUCAGUAAAGGCAGUGUGGACUUCAUCAAGAACUGCCUGGCCACCAUGGACGAAACGGGUAUCAAGCCAAACCGCGCCACAUUUAAUGGUCUGCUGGAUGUUUUCCCGCGGCGGAGAUGGAUCACGCGUACGCUGUUUGACGUUAUUAUGCCUAAGUACACACCCGAGGUAAAAGUCGGCAUAGAUGUCCUGCAACGGAUGGAGGACGAUGGUAUCCGUCCUGAUUUAGAUACUUUUGAUAUUUGUGAGGGUGUCUUCGGCAAAUCCAGUGUGUGCCUGAAAAAAGUACAGAACAUUUUUUACUGGUUUACCCUCUUCGACAUUGAUGAGAAAAGUCGCACGGGCCGAUUUCCUGAUAGAUACCAACGUACGCAGAGGGCAUUGAAGAAAGUCAGCGGGCCGGGAUCAGUGCUUACCGACCAUUUCAAGACGAUUGAUAACGACGACGAUUCCGAGGACCCUCUCAAAAUCGACUACUCGCCAUCACAAGAAACAGAUCGGACUGUGCAUAUGUUCAUCACGAGUGCUGAGUCGCCUGUGCACACCCAGAGACUCAAGAUCUUACAAGACAUGUAUUCAGGUGAUGGGGACGAUCGCGUGGUGACUUGUGUUCUGGUGGAGGGACCGCACCUGAAUUGGUUCGACAGGCAACAGGCCCCUUACUAUACGCUAAGUGUGGGUGUGCAAAGUGGGGACGUUACUGAGGUGGCUAAUGAAUCAUUUGAGGUGGUUAGCUUAGCAAUGGCAUAUCCGUAUACGCAAGAAAAUAUUAGUCUGUGGGCUGAGAACUUAAUUGGUAACUAUCCAUUCAUGCAGGCCUCACCACUGAUAUACAAGUCAGUAGAUAUUACAGCCGAGGAGGAACACGAAGCUUCAGUGGAAACAACAACGACAUAAAAUGCGACGCUAAUUUAUUGAAGUGAUUCUGAUUGAUCGAACUAUUGACUGUAUGUUUCAAGCUGUCGCAGGAAAUGCUCAAAUUCUGCAAUGGAGUUGGUGGUUGACACGGGCGCAACUGGUGCAUGGAGUACGAAGUCGUGCGUCACAUUUGGGUCGAAAGACUGAGAUAGUGGAUUGUUCUGUGUAUAUAGUGCCGGAGCGGAAUAAUCUUGGCCGACAACACUGGACAUCGCACCGAACAAGUCUUGGCUCACCUGCUGAGCGAACAUUUCUCCUCCACCACACGGCGAUAUCGGAUCGCUCGGUUGCUGUAUAUCGGCACUUUGAGUUAGAGGACCAAAUUGUAUCGGUUUGACCCAGGCGCCGCUAGAUUGGCUUAGCCUUGAACUCAUGGUUGCCUCGCCAUCGUGUUGCGUGGCUUGGAAUGAGAAGUAUACAUUGCUUGACGCCGUAGAGCUUGUGGAAUGCGUAGAUGUGGAUGACAUGCUACGUUCAUAGGGGCGCGAAUGAGUGCUGCCGUAGACCCGUGUUUGAACGGUCGAGUUAUUUGGCAGUGGGAUAUUCGAUCUCAUUGAAUCGAUGCUGACCAUCUGUUCUUGUGGAAUUGGAACACUAUCGGAAUGCUGUAAAGAAGCAGCGAAUGCGGCCUUUAGACUAUUCUGUUUCCUCAGAGUAUUCUGUCUGGAUCGCUUAGCUAGGACCCACUCUUGGUUGUGAGAUCGCCUGUAGUGCCUACGCCUAGUAUCUUCGCUUUUGUAUGUGUUGCAGCAGUUGAAUUGGCAUAAGAAUGGCCGAUUCUUCGUAUUCGGGUGCUUGUGUUUGGUGUUUCCUAUAUUCUGCCGAAUUUGAGCACCUUUCGUCCGACUCGCUUUGUCUGUAGAAAAAGCUAUCAAAGUCUGCUCGUCUAUACACUCCAACGUACCCUUGCCUUUCAUGCUAAAUGUGCUCGCCAGUAUAUUGCUGGUCGUCAUACCGAAUGUUGCAGUUAGCUCGUGCAUCUGUGCUUUAUAAUUGUAACCUAUAUUCAACGUCCACGGCUUUGUUAUAUACCUGCUAUCCUGUUACAAUUUAUGCUACGAACCAAUGUUCUAGAG